AUGUCAAUGCAAUGUCUCGUGGGCCUAUCUUCCGUGCUCCUUCGCUUUCGGCUCGGGGGGGGUCAGCUUUGCUUUGCUUCUGCUUCCGCCCUGGUUGCAGGCAGGGCGCCAGAGCACUUUUGCACACACGCUCGUGCACGGCCGUCCCUCCUCGAGAGCGCGGCCGCUCCCGCAGGACAGAUGGUCGAUAACACACCGUGGUUCGUGUUCAUGAACCGCGACGACGACGCACGGGGCCAGCCAGCCAGCAACGCGGGGAUGGUGGAGGGCCUGCGGCGUUCCCGCGCGCUGCAGAGCCAGGAGUGCACCGACGCCUUCCUGGCCGUCGACCGCCGGCACUUCUGGACGGAGGGCGCCGGGGAGCGGGAAUUCGUGUACGCCGACACGCCGCUGCGGAGCGGAAAGCUUCAUCUCUCCGCGCCGCACAUCUACGCCAAGGUGCUUUGGAAUGCCUGCGGCAGCAAAUUUGCUCGCACUCGUCACCAUCACAUCGUUGGAAGUUAG